AUGCCGUAUAAAUCUCGCUGGACAAUCGAUAUCCCAGACACUCAUUUAGCUACUCUUCUCCUCAAAUCUCCCACGGCAUCUCUCUCCCAAACACAAAAGUGCUACCUAGAAGCAGCCCGCCCAGAAACCCACUACCUCACCCCCCAUGAUCUCCGCCUCUGGAGCCAGCGGCUCGCCGCCGGCCUACGCAAAUCCGGACUACAGACAGGAGACCGCGUCCUCCUCUUCUCGGGCAAUGAUAUCUUCUUCCCAGUAGUCUUCAUGGGCGUGAUAAUGGCCGGAGGAAUCUUCACCGGCGCAAAUCCCACCUACGUAGCCCGCGAACUAGCCUACCAACUCCAAGACAGCGGCGCCACAUACCUCCUCUGUGCAAGCAACAGUCUAGAAACAGGUCUAGAAGCAGCCAAACAAGCCAACCUACCACAAAACCGCAUCUUCGCCUUCGACAACUCCAUCUACGACGGCAUCCCGAACCCGCAAAAAGGCUGCGCAUACUGGAGCGACCUCCUCGCUUCAGAAGAAGAAGGUCACGCUUUCAUCUGGGACGAUCUAAACACACCAACCCUCUCGUCCCGAACACUGGCACUCAAUUACUCCAGCGGCACAACCGGCCGCCCCAAAGGCGUGGAGAUCUCGCACAAGAACUAUGUCGCCAAUAUGCUCCAGUAUUGCCACACCGCAAGUCUUCACCUGGACUACAAGGCCCGUCUCGAGCGUUCCAGAUGGCUAUGCUUCCUGCCGAUGUAUCACGCAAUGGCGCAGAAUAUCUUCAUCGCGGCUGCGCUAUACCGUGCGACGCCGGUGUACAUCAUGCCCAAGUUUGAUUUUAUCAAGCUGCUGGAGUAUACGCAGAAAUUCCGGAUUACGGAUUUUAUUCUCGUCCCGCCUGUUGUUGUUGCAUUGGCGAAACAUCCUGCUGUUAGGAAUUAUGAUUUGAGUAGUGUGGAGUCGGUUGGGAGUGGUGCUGCGCCGUUGGGGAGGGAGGUUUGUGAGGAGGUUGAGAAGUUGUGGCCUCCUGGGAAGAUUAAUAUUAAACAAGGAUGGGGGAUGACUGAGGCGACUUGCUCUGUUACAGGAUGGGUUCCUACCGAAAUCAGUACUUCUGCGUCUGUCGGUGAGCUCAAUGCCAAUUGCGAAGCGAAGAUCAUGUUCGAUGGAACAGAAGUGACGGAGAGGAAUUCUCGUGGCGAGCUGUGGGUUCGAGCUCCUAAUGUUAUGAAAGGCUACUGGCAUAAUGAAAAGGCCACUAAAGAAACCAAAACUGAGGAUGGCUGGCUGCUCACGGGUGAUAUUGCGUUUGUGGAUGAUUAUGGUAAAUUCCAUGUUGUGGAUCGAAUGAAGGAAUUAAUCAAAGUCAAGGGUAAUCAAGUGGCACCCGCCGAAUUGGAGGCUCUUCUACUUGAACAUCCGGCAAUCUCAGAUGUUGCAGUGAUUGGAGUUAUCAGCAACAACGAUGAACGACCUCGCGCAUAUGUGGUGCUUACACCGGGUCAAUCCGCCACCGCAAAGGAGAUCGCGCAUUUCAUCGACAACAAGGUCUCCGCGUUCAAGCGGAUUACCGGCGGAGUUGUAUUCCUCGAUGCCAUACCGAAGAAUCCUUCGGGCAAGAUUCUUCGUGCAAAAUUGCGUGAACAAGCCAAAGAGGAGCUGAAUGUCACCGCUAAACUCUAG